UUUUUAGUAUUCCACUCUUGUCGAAUUUUCAAUCCAAUUCACAUUUUGAACUAUGGAGAACCUUGUGUUCCAAGCCACCAUUUUUGACAGAUUUAUUUUUGACCUUUGACAUCUCAGUGACAUUCGUUUUCCUGUAAGUUUUUCAGAUUUUGUUUUUUAUUGCUUGGUACUGUGCUUGAUACUUCGUUUUUAUCAUAAUUUCAUAACCUUUGAUCUCAAAUUCUCCUAUUUAAACAGCGAGGAAAAUAAUAAUAUAUGGUGCAUUAGAACAAACAACUUAGUGUUUAGGAUCACAAAAGAUGGGAGAUAUUUUUGAAGAGAAAACGCAGGAACGCGUUUAUGGCGGCUGUGAAGGCCCUGAUGCAAUGUACGUGAAGCUUAUAUCAUCUGAUGGCCAUGAGUUCAUUGUUAAGAGAGAACAUGCUCUUACCUCUGGAACAAUUAAAGCUAUGCUUAGUGGGCCUGGCCAAUUUGCUGAAAAUGAAGCUAAUGAAGUAAACUUCAGGGAAAUUCCGUCGCACGUGUUGCAAAAAGUGUGCAUGUAUUUCACUUACAAAGUGCGCUACACAAAUAGUUCUACUGAGAUUCCCGAAUUUCCCAUCGCCCCAGAAAUCGCAUUGGAACUUCUUAUGGCAGCCAACUUUUUAGACUGUUAGAAUAAAAUUUGGGUAUAUAUGCUUAUUUUAAUUGAAGACGCAAGUGGAUAAAGGUGUCAUGUAACAAAAUCAUUGUAUGGAGAAAAUUGACUUGAAACAUUUUUUAUUGAGUCUUUUUUACUUUAUUGACAAUUUAAAUAUUUAGUUUGAUUAGUUUAUUACGUUGUUUUUGCAACAAAGUAAUCACAGAAUGAAAGGAUCACCCCUUAAGGUUAGUUUAAUGCAAAAAAGCAUUUUUUUAAUGUUACAUGGCACCUUUAUCCACUUGUGUCCUCAAUUAUUAACUAACUAGUUUAUCUAUUAAUUUAAAUUAUUGAUCUAGUUUGUGAAUGAUAUCCACGCAAGUAAGUGACCAUCGUGUGUAAAUGCAAUAAACAUAUUAGUGAAUGAUUUUAUUUUUUGUACGCUAUUAUUAAAAGGAAUGAGCUUGGGUUUAUUUUUUAUUUAAAAUACAUAAAAC